GACCCAGUCAUCGAUGGUGCUAUCAAGGAGAUCAUCGAAGUGAUAAGAAGUGCGCAAGAACCAGACAGAUACCUCAAUAUCCACUAUUAGGUUAUCGAACUAGGGAAUCGAUUCACAACUUGCGAGACAUGCACGAGCUCAACAACUUAGGCCACCACAACGGAUGCUUCAAUACGAUCUGAACAAUAAGUACGAAGAUAUCAUGGGACUCUACAUGUACAACGCGGUCUUCACUGCGAUGUCGAUUGACUGCACGCAAUUUACCGAUGUGAACCAGCUGGCGUCAAGCGAGAAUAAUUUGUUCGAAAGGUGUGGAUGGUUCACCGUCUGCUGCUGUCCACCAAAUGUUCUUCGAAUUUUCGGCAUGAUUGAAGGAUACAUUUUGAACCUCUCCAAGAGUAAGAAGAGUGAUGUCACUCAGAUCGACGUACAUCUCUAUGCACCUGCCACCCUUGGCUUUGAGACAGACGCUGGUCCAGCAAGCUUAAGCAAGAUUGUGACUGGUCAAAGAAUGGUAGAGUCAUGUUCUCGUUGACCAGCGCAAGCAAGAAAGUUUAGCUAAAGCUCCGCAUUCCUCGCUGGGCGACAAGUUGGGAGAUGCGUUCCGGGCACUCUCUACACCUCUUGGCAUCAACACUGACAAGCAUAUCAGGUACCUCCACCUCUUCCUAGCCUCACAGUCACGAAUGGAUACCUACAUGUGCCAGCCAACGACUUAGCUACUCACCCGAACUUCGUUCUCUCCUUCGAUCUCAAGCCGCACUUAAUCACCCCCCACCCACUCUCGAACCAACAAACCCUCACCAUUGCUCGAGACCCUAUCAAAUACUGUGUCGAAGACGUCGACAACAAAUGGGUCACUGAUCACAUUCGAUCGGCAUAGCUUGACCCUCGAUGUCUGAACAAGAGCGCCGUUACCGAGAAGGAAAUCGCCGACCCGAGUCUGCCUGACGAGAGGAGAUGUA